CUCGUAGGUCCUUAAAUGUUGUUUACAGUAGGCCAACAUGGCGGCGUCACCUCCCAGAUUAGAUGAUGUUAACCCUAAUAGUCGACUUUGUGGAUCCACCCGGCCGAGAGAAUGGAUUAAAUUGAACGUUGGGGGGACGCAUUUCCUAACUACGAGAACUACAUUAUGUAGGGAUCCAAAUUCCUUUCUCUGUCGGCUGGUGCAGGAGGAUCCUGAACUCCACACAGACAAGGAUGAAACUGGUGCCUACCUGAUUGACAGAGAUCCAACGUACUUUAGUCCUGUCUUAAAUUAUCUACGCCAUGGAAAGUUAGUGAUAAAUAAGGACCUAGCAGAAGAAGGUGUAUUAGAAGAAGCAGAGUUUUAUAAUAUCACCGAAUUGAUAAAGCUCUGUAAAGAGCGCAUCAGCCAGCGGGAUAAUAGACCACCCAAGUCUGGGAAGAAACACAUGUACAGAGUUCUACAGUGCCAUGAAAAUGAGCUUACCCAGCUUGUCUCAACAAUGUCAGAUGGAUGGAAAUUUGAGCAGUUGAUCAACAUAGGAUCUCAGUAUAGUUAUGGAAGUGAUGACCACACAGAGUUUUUGUGCGUGGUAUCUCGAGAAUACUCAUCAUCUCCCAGCAACCACCAAUGUGCCACUGACCGAGCUGACCACCUUGAUCUUCAUAACUCCAAGGAUUCAUUGCCUAUUCUAGAUGGAGAAGAAGAAUAUCAGAGGAAUUAAGGAAUUGGUGAUCAAAAUGAGGCCUGAAGCUAUCAAGCUAAAAACUGAAUCUCUUUAGAUCAAGUGUUCGUUGGUUUUUCAACUUUGUUUUGUAGUCUCAUGGAUAAUAUUGUUUACUGGUAUAAAAUCUGUGCCAAAGACUAGAUAUGGACAAAUUUAUUUUAAAGAGACUGUUUAAUAACAUACAUUAUUUUAGAGAGAUUGUUCAGUAACAUUCUUUACUUUAAGGAGACUGUUCAAUAACAUUCUUGAAAAGACCAAAGAUAUAGCUUAAAAAUAUUAGCCCCCUCAUAGUUCUGCUUUAGGGAGGGCAUAUGAACGCUGCUAUAUCUUGCUUCUUCAGUAUCGUCUAGUCUGAAAGGACACUCUUGAACAAACUGGAAUAGCAGUUGUAUAACAAUUUCCAAUAAAAGUUUUGGUGUUGUGUAGUAUAGCAUGAUAGCUUGAAGGGGUGUUAAGAAAACUUUGCAAUAUCACAAUACGUAUUGGUAAUAAAAAUCUUAAAGCUUUGUUGUGUCACAACUCCAUCAUUCAUAAAUCUGCUCACAAUCCUUCAAAUUUCCUUAGACUCAACAGUGGAAGAAUGGCAGUCUCUUAGCCCAUAUGCCACUCAGCUCUUGAGGUACCCAUAAAUCACUUUCCUUGUUUUUCGUGAGUUUGCUAGACAAUACUUUCUCUUGUCCAGAAUUCCCCAGCUUACUUCCUCACUGCUGAAUCAUCAUUUCCCAGAUGUUUCCAUUACAACUCACUAUUUUCUGACUAAUUAGUGUUUUUUAUGCUUCAGUUUGUUUCCAUUCAACUAGUAACAAAGGUAUUAUUUCUACAUCAUAGAAGGCACUUUUCAGUAGCUAUUUCUAGGUGGAUGGAUUCACUAUGUGACUUACCGUAGAUGUUGCAUAAUUACUCAUUUAUCCUGAAAAUUAUGUUUGUUCCAACACCGUAUACUUACCUCGAACUACUUUAGUAGGAGAACCUGGGAUAUCAUCCUGGUACCAACCAGAAAAAUCCGGUUAUCCCUCCCUUACCAAACCAUGCCAUGGCGGAAGGAUACAUGCCCUGGGGGUCAACAGACACGCGACCUGACUCAGGGGGUCGCCAGAGCUUUCCUGGUCGCUGACCCAUUAACACGUUUCAGCUCAUCUCCUGCGGUAUCAACCUGAUCUUAAACUUUUCCCUUUCUUUUUGUGUGUUAGUCUCUCCCUCUCUUGUGUGUCUGUUAACUUCACUUGAUGGAGUCCAAGCCCCCUCAACAUCGGUUACCAGGUCCUUCACAGAUGAAGUUUGGUGGGGCGUUUCUGUCCACAUUAGCGGUUGACCCCGACUCUUUGUGUACCAAGUGUCAUGGCGGUCCGUGCUUGCAGGAUUCCAUGUGCGAGGAGUGUAUGGAUUGGCCUCCUUUGCAGUGGGUUAAGUUGGCUACAAAGAGGAAGAAGACUGAAAAGGGCAAGUCUCCCUUGAAGAAGUUGUGCUCGGCAGAACCUUGUUCUGCCAGACCAUCGCUGUCGCCAUCUUCUCUCCUGAAGUCUUCCCCCGUUCCCACCCAGGGUGAGGACCUAGGCGAGUCCAUUGCAGAGCCCGAGGACCCAUUCAUGUCUCUGCCUAUCCAGGUACAGUUGCCCCGCCAUGGAACGAGGAUCUAUUGAAAGAAGUGUGGGACCGCUUUAAGCUGCAGGGUAUGCCGUCGGCCAAGAUGCUGUUUGCAUGGGCAGCCUGGGGUACUCCGCUUGGUCUUUCUGGUUUGGGCCAACACCCCCCCCCCCCCUCCCGUAGCUCCCACAUGCGUGGAAGUAGACCCCGUAGUGGGCCCGAGCUCUGGGUUGGUGGACCCGACCCCUUGGCCUACCUGCUUUAUCAGCGUGUUUUCCUCCCCUUCACUGAGGCUCCCGUUUGUGUCCUGGACGUGUAUGGUGUCCCCCAGAGGCACCAGGAACUGAUGGGUUCCUCAGAAUGCCAGACCUGGCCUUGGACUGGUGCCCCUCUCACCCCGUUCAGAUUCCCGCUAAAAGAAGAGGACUUUACUUGCUGGGCAUGUCCCCGCAGCUCCCGUUAGACUUGGCGGGCCAGCAGUCUGUCCCGCUCCCCAGGGGUGGGGCGCCCCCAACAGUGGUGGCCCCAUCCAGGCUAGGCUUCAGGCCCUAGUGGCAUCCCCUCGAGCUGGACCCAGCAAGAAGAGGAAGAAGUCAAAGAGGAAGGUUUCUUUCUCAGAAGUGUCUUCGUUGUCGGACUCCUCUUCCUUGGAUGAGUCCUCCCGCUGGAGGAGGAGCAGGACGAAGAAGCAGCGCUGUGCUAGGAAUAGUGCCUGCUCAGCCUCCUCCUCUUCUCACCAUGGCUCCCACUCACCCCGUCGUAGCCGUGACUGGAGGGGUUGGAAUAGGAGCGGUAGCCACCGUGACGGGUCACACAGUCACCGGCAUCACUGCUCCCUAGCCAGGCAGUCCCCUCGGCGUUCACCCGGGCAUGUGGCUCCCAUAACAGUCCCACAGGUGAGUCCCAUGAUGGGCACUCUAACCAUGCAGACCCCAUUGGAGGGUGACCCUUGGCCCCCCUCCACUCCAUGGGGGCGGCCAAGCCAUUCACCCUCUCCGUUCAGGAUACUGGUCCAGGCCUUUGCCAGUGGGAGUCCCAAGAUGGCCUCUCUGGUACGCCCAGCGACCCCGCUCCAGGCAGUGCUCCUGGUUCCACCUGUAGCCACUGGAGUGAGCCAGCCUGCCUCACCGGCAUACACCCCUCCUCCUGAGGCGGUGGCCUCUCAGCCUUUGGAGGACGAUGAGGACAAAGCCUUCAUCCAGGACAGGUUGCAGAGUGCCUUAGAAGGGCAAGGUGUGACCGACAAGGGAUCUACAUACAGGCGGGUCCUGGCCCUCAUCCGGAGGAAGAACCGCCUGGCAGACCCGAUUCCUUCCCCCGACACCAAGAGGUCCUCCUUGAUGGAUUUUCUUUUCUGAUGGGGUGCCCGAAAGAUGCCAAACUUUCCCUGAACUUCUCUCCAGCUAGGAGCACGGCUCAGGCCCUGGCCAAUGUGGAUCAAGUUAUAGUGGGGCCAAUGAACUCUCUGCGGUCCCACGGCUCUCUGAAGCUCCUCUCGGUGGUGAAGGCCAAACAAAGGAGAUUCUACACCCCAGAGGGCUCCUCUUCUAUCACCAGAGCCGUGGAUGGUAAUAUUACUUUCCUAGCUCUGGGCAUUUUGGAGGAGAGAUUCCUGUCGGGAUUGGUCUCCUUAUAGCAGGAGGCCAUGGGGAUGGAGGCCAUGGCUUGGGUGGCCAUUCACGCAACUUCCUGGCUCGACCUUUGGGCUGGGGUGGUGGCCAGGUUUGCUAUUGACCACAACCUGAAGGGCGAGGCCGAGCUGACCCAAUUCAAGGAGCUGGUCCUGUCCAGAGGAAGGCCAUUAACUACCUGACCACACAGUCGAUCACCCAGUGGGCUAACUGGGUUCUCCACAGGAGGGAUGCUGUGCUGACCAGGUUGCCCAGAAGGCUUCCAGACAGGGAAGCUAAGCUCCUGAGGAAUGCCCCGAUUAUGGGGGAAUCCCUCUUCCCGCAAGCCCUUGUAGAGGAGACCCUGGAAUGUUGGUGCAAGGAAAGUCAAGCCUCCAUUGUCUACAGGGCCUCCUCCUUCAGGCACCCUUCCCAUUAUAGGGCACAUGACACUCCCUGCCCUAAGCAGCAACAAAGAUACGGGACACAGAGCUCCUCAGCUAAUUUAGAACCAGUCUCCAGAGGCUGGGGGGACUAGGGAACGCAGCCCUCCUCCAGGGCCCCCUCGGCCCCUUCUGGCUCCUUCAGAUUCAGGCUGUCUUCUUCCCAUAGGGGUCGGAACGGCUGUUUCCCUAGGAGGAUGGAUGGAUGGAUGGAUGUAUGAGAUUUAGGUCUAAGACCUGGGAUUAGGGCUUAUGAAGGAGUGGCUACACCUCCGCUGAGGGGUACCAAGCCCCACGAGAUCAGGGCAUAGCACCUCUUUAGUCUUCUCAAAGAACUUAGCAGUCAACCAGAUUUUGAGGGCUGGGGUGUGGAACAGGCGGUCCACAUUCACGGCCCACUACUUUCGGGAUUGCACCUGCAAGUCACUGGAUACCUUCUCGAUUGGGCCGAUGGUGGCAGCUCAGCAACAGAUUUGACCCACCACUGGGCAUAGGCUCCAGAAGGGUGUGAGUGGCAGUAUGAAUGUGUGACCCCAUUUUUCCCUCUCUGUUACCCUUGGCCUUGGAUGUGCUGCGAGGUACACACUGGACCCAUCGAGUUCUUCAGGUAAGCCUAGAGUCUUUCCGAACUUGAGAGGGACCUGGACAAACCCAUUGUUUAUUUUGCCUAAUUAUCCAGAAUCCCCCUCUCCCACUACCAACUAGUGCCAUGGAACAUGGAAGAACCAACCCAGCCCCACGCAUCUCUAAGCAGGGCUGGGCCGUCAACACUUGCUCCCCAUGUCGGGUCUCUGUGGGUCGGGUUCCAUAAGCUACCCCCAGCUCCUAAGGGAUAAGUCUCCUAUUAAAGUAGUUUGAGGUAAGUAUACGGCGUCGAAACAAAUCACAAAUUCUUGGUAAUUUGUACUUUUCCUAGCUAUACUUACCUCGAACUACUUUAGGUUUCAUUCCCUCCCAGCCUUCCCUGGUAACUUAUGGCAGAUGUUAGGAAAGUAGAAAGCACUAGUGACCCCUGACUCAGGUCGUGUGGCCAUUGACCCCCGGGCAUGUAUCCUUCCACCAUGGCAUGGCUUGGUAAGGGGGGAUAACCAGUACUGGGAUGAUAUCCCAGGUUCUCCUAUUAAAGUAGUUUAAAGUAUAGCUAAGAAAAGUACAAAUUACCAAGAAUUUGUGAUUUUCCUGCGGUCAUUAGCAAGUUUCCAAUUAUAUUUUCAGUAUUCCGAAAGUACUUUCUAAGGUACACUACUAAUUUUCUCACGCAUUUGAGAUUUGUUUCUUAAUGUUAAAUGGUUACUGACUGUAGCUAAUUAUUAUAUGUAUUAUGUAUUUUUUUGGUGUUUGUUUUUGAAUAAUUUUCAACUGAUUCAGUGAUUUGUAUUACCUGUAUUCUGUAAUUGGGGAUAUUUUUUUUUUAUUUUACUUUACUAUGUUGUGUAGUAUAUUGUUCAUGCCAGCAGUCUUUAUCUUCUUUGUGAUUUUUACCCUUUUAAUGCAUUGUUUGAGUAUCCACCGUUUUUCUCAUUU